AUGGAAAAGUUGUUGCAUUGGUCCAUUGCCAAUUCACAAGGCGACAAAGAAGCUAUUGAAAGAGUUGGCCAGCCUGAUUCCAAAUUACUGAAAGAAUUGUUUCAGGGGGGUCCAGAUGAGCCCGCCUUGAUGAAACAAGCCAUUACGGUUAUAUUGAAUCCGGAAGCAACGUUGGAUGCCAAACUCACUGCUUGUGACAAUUUUGAGAUGCUGAUCGAAAAUUUGGAUCAUGCCAACAAUAUCGAGAAUUUGAAAUUAUGGGAACCAAUUAUAGAUAUUAUGGACUCCAAUGAAAGUGAACUACGAUCUUUCGCUUUGUCAAUAAUUGGUACUGCUGUACAGAACAAUAAAACUUCACAAGACAAUUUUUUGUCGUAUCCUAAGGGAUUAGCACGCAUCGUUGAUAUUGCUAAGCAAGAUAAUGAAAACGAGCAACCUAGGUGCAAAGCGUUUUAUGCCCUGUCUAAUUUAGUAAGGCAUAACCCUUCUGGCCUGGCUAAAUUCGAAAACCUACAUGGACUCGACCUUGUAGCGCCCGUUUUACAAAACUCCGGCACAUCAGAGAAACUCCAGGUCAGAGUUUUGGCAUUUUUAACUGCAAUUUUGAGUGCAGCUCAUAUAAACCAAGAGUUCGUCGACAUUUUGCGCCAAGAAAGGAUUAUUCACAACGUUUUAGCGCUCCUUAGAAGUGAUAGCUAUAUUUAUGUGGUAGACCGCGUUCUUCAAUUUUCGGCUAUCCUGAUUGCUGCUGGGGCCAAGUUCAACGAGGAAGAGUUAUCCAUUCUCAAACGUGGUCUAAUGGCAAUUGAGCCUUUGCGUGAGCAAAUUAAUGAAGAUGAUUUUUUGACGGUAAAGCAUGUAUUAUAG